UCUGAGACCGCUGAGUCACGUUCACCUGAUUCGGUCCUGUGAGGAAGAAAAGAGCGGUGACAGGCGACAGGCGACAGGCGACACACUGCCGUCAGUCCCCUGGUUUCUGCCCCAGCUGCCUCUCGCACUGCGUCGGAAGAUGCUGACGGUGACGGUGAAGACCCUCCAGCAGCAGACAUUCAGGGUCGAAAUAGACCCAGAACUCACGGUGGAAGCCCUGAAGGAGGAAAUAGAGAAGGACAGAGGAAAAGAUGCAUUUCCUGCUGCAGGACAAAAACUAAUCUAUGCAGGCAAAAUCCUGAACAACGACACACCGCUGAAAGAGUACAACAUUGAUGAGAAAACCUUUGUUGUGGUCAUGGUUUCCAAGCCUAAACCAGCCCCUGCAGCUGCAGCAGCUCCAGCACAAGGACCCUCCACGGCGACACGUGCGGCGUCUGCACCCACGCACGCCCAACGGUCGGCCGCUUGCUUCGAGGCCCCGCCCCCAGUCCCAGACAACAACCCCCCGGCUUCUCUCAAAGCAACAGCAGCCCCGGACCCUGACUUAGCCCCGGACUCAACACCGGCCCCGGCUUCAGCUGCCACCCUGGCCUCUGAUCCAGCACCAGCUCCCGAGGCUGCUGCGGACUCCCCCACCCCUACUACCCAGCCAGAAGAAAAGCUGAAGGAUGACCGCGAGAGCGAACCAUCCGCCACUUCCGAAGUCCUUCUCACUGCUGCCAGCCUCGUAGAUGAACUGGGUCUCCUUGAAGAAGCAGCGUCUAUACUGGUGACGGGUCCAGCCUACGAGAACCUGGUGUCGGAGAUCAUGUCCAUGGGUUACGAGCGGGAGCAGGUCGUCGCCGCGCUCAGAGCCAGUUACAACAACCCGGACCGAGCAGUGGAGUAUCUACUCACCGGUAUUCCAGCAGAGGCCGGUGAUCCGCCACCCCAGGAGCAAAUUGGACCAAGUGCUCCGUCCAACCCCCCCGCCCCUGCUACGCAAGAACUCCAACAGCCCCCAGCGACCGUAACACACACAGGGCCAGCGUCCGGCAGCCAGCCUCCCUCUGGCGGUGGAGGCUCCGUCUCCACGGGGAACCCUCUGGAGUUCCUGAGGAACCAGCCUCAGUUCCAGCAGAUGAGACAGAUCAUCCAGCAGAACCCGGCCCUCUUACCGGCCCUUUUGCAGCAGCUCGGCAGAGACAACCCACAGCUGCUGCAGCAAAUCACGCAGCACCAGGAGCAUUUUGUGCAGAUGCUGAAUGAGCCACGAGGUGGAGACACGGCAGGGGAGGGAGCCGAGGCCCAGGGGGCCCCACAGACGAACUACAUCCAGGUCACCCCACAGGAGAAGGAGGCCAUUGAGAGGUUAAAAGCACUGGGCUUCCCUGAAGGCUUAGUCAUCCAGGCCUACUUCGCCUGCGAGAAGAACGAGAACCUAGCCGCUAACUUCUUGCUGCAGCAAACAUGGGACGACGAGUAGCCGAGCGUCGCCUGACGUGUCCACCAGAGGGCUGCAGAGCAGGCGGCUACACAAGGUCCACCGGGGGAACAAGAGAAGACAACUUUCUCAGGCCGUGUGACUGCGUCUGAUGCUGUGGCUGAAGGCGGCGACGUGCCGCUCAAAGGUUCCUGCGCUUCCUCCCGUCAUACAGACGUGAUGGUCGUCACGCGAGGAAACGACGCCAACGGUCUGCAUCACCUUUACAUGAGGAAGCCCAUUUCCUCCAGUCAAAAGCCUUGAUAAUAACAAUACCCCAUGGUAAGUCAUACUUACAAAUUGUGACAUAAAAAGUAAUAGCUUUGUCGAAAUUGGCGCCUAAAAUGUCAUAAUUCUGAGAUAUAAAUUGAUAGAUUUGAGAUAAAGUUGUAUUAUAUAUAGUUAUGUGUGGUUCUAUCAGAUGGAACACGACAUCCACACAACAAAAGAAAAACAAGAGGAAAUGUUAGGAUAAUAACUCCUAAUUUUGACUUUUAAAAAUGACUCAUUUUGACUUACUUUCUUUUCUUUGCAUCAUUAUUUUUGACUUAUGGGGAAGCACCCGGGGCAAAAACUUGUUGGUUAAUUUAAAGAUGUUGGACUAUUUUGCUUUUACACAUUCAGAAUGAACAAUGAAGGUUUGAGCACGGAGUAUUUCAUCCAAUUUAGAGAUGUUUUGCUUCCAUAACAUAAUCCAUAACACUUCUUUCAGACGAGAAAAGAAAACAGAUAUUUUACUGCUUUGUCCAUUUGUGACUGCUAGGGUUGCAAAGGGGCGGAAAGUUUCCAUGGGAAUUUUUUUGCAAGAGCAUAUAACAGGGAACUUAAAUGUAGUUGAGAACAAGACUAUGCACACCGAGCUCAGCUGGUCCCUGAAUGCAGCUGGUUGGGAACAUUGUCUGACAGAAACAUAAACAUAAAACGUUCUGUUGUUUCUGAACGUCUUUGUCAUCAGUGUUGUCUGAACGUUUCAGCCCUUUGUCUGGCAAGUGUGGGAGCGCCGAGUGGCGUAGAGGCCAAGAGCGGUAUUGCAGACAGAUAGAGAUUUCAAUUAUAGCUGCAACAUAUUGAAAAAAAUAAAUGAACUAGUUUAUAUUUUGGAGCUGUGAACUUAGUUCAACAUUUUGAAUUAUGAACUGAACUAGCUCAUGUAGAAAGUGAACUUUCCCAACACUGUUUGUCAUUAGCAUAUUGAUUACUUGGUAAACUGAAGCCAUGUUCAUUUUAAUACCAAGUUUAUUUGUAUACAGUAGACUAACUUGUUACAGCAGUGAGGAGGACGUUGAUGAGGUCCAGGAAGAAAGCGUUUAGACCUGAAAGGAUUCAGGGAAAAACACCCCAAAAACAAUGUGGGUUGGGGGUGUGAUCAUAGGGAAUACACCUUUUUUAUUCAACGUUCAUGUUUUUGUUGUUCGAUGAAAGAAUAAAGUUCUACUCACAAAAUGUC